UAAAUUAUACAUGAAGUAUUGUGUUUUGACAUCAUCGCAACGCGCUGGAAUCUGUAAAUAUAUGAAAGGGACAUGCAAGAACAAGCACUAGGCGGUGAGACAAAUCCCAGGAAUUCUGUGAGACAAAUUAGAGAAUUUUAUUAGGCUUAUCACUGACAGAUGGGUAAAAAAAGCAGCAAGUUAAAGCCAGACUCACUGGACGAUCUAAGGUCACAGACCAAAUUCAGUGAUGCAGAAAUAUUAGAAUGGUACAAGGGAUUUAAAUUCGAAUGUCCAAACGGGGAAUUAUCUAUAGAGGAAUUCCGAAACAUAUACCGAGGUCUUUUCCCGACCGGAAAUGCAGAAAAAUUCGCCGAACACGUCUUUCGAGCCUUCGAUGAAAAUCGAGACGGAAUGUUAGAUUUUAGAGAAUUCAUGUGUGCUCUUAGCGUGACUUCCCGAGGGACAGUUGAAACCAAGGCAAUGAUGGCUUUUAAGAUCUACGACUUGGAUAAGGAUGGGUUCAUCACUGAAAGUGAAAUGACAGAAAUUUUGAGGGCAAUGAACAAGAUGACAAGUGAGUUCAAUAUGGGUCUUUCACCCGAGGAGAAAACAAAAGAAAUCUUUCUAAGAAUGGACAAAAACCAAGAUGGAAACCUGUCCAUGUCGGAAUUCAUCAAGGGUGUUCAGACCGAUUCCUCUAUAAUGCACAUUCUUACUUCCGCUUCAAAUACAGGAUGACAGUUUUUUUAUUUGACAGUUUCUAAUAUUUAUAAAUGACGAUGAAUACAUUUUGUACUUAAAGCUUCCACCAACACUAAGCUUAAUUCAUUACUAUGCUGACCUUUUCUUCAUAGUAUGCACCAUACAGUUUGACACUGAAUUUGCAAAAAAGUUUAAUUUGCCGUAUAUCAUUAAUCAAAGUGUUAACGUAGUUUUUAGUUCUGCUGGUCAAACAAUGGCUUCUGUGAUGGUAAGGUGCCCAUCUCUCGCCGUUUGUAUGUAAACAAUUUUCAAAAUGCUAAUUAACCUUCCAACAGUUUUGGUUCAAUUGCAAUAAAACUUGGUACACAAGUAGGG